AAGGCGGAACACUUGCCGCAGUUUAGACCAACCGUGCAAUUCGUCGUUCGCAGCAGCGAGAAUGAGGAUGUCCUUAUGAAUUACCACCUCGCCCUUUAUAAGAUGCUUCUGAUGGCAGACUAGGGUGUUUAAGAUCUAGUACUAUAUCUUGCAGACUACAUGGUCGUGGCCAUUUCUUAGCAGCCUGCGAUCAACAGACAUAAGGAAAGCAACAAUCUAAAGCACAACCUCGGACACCUAUCCUGUUCGCCGCUAUGCGAAUCCGAUACCCUUUUGCGGGCGCAUUCGUCUUCCUCCUCUUCGUUGCGGCAUACAUCGGCCUCCUCCCGCACAGCACCUCGUCCUCGAUUCCAGCGCAGUUGCAGCCCAAUGACAAGUUCCUCCACCUCGUAACCUUCUUCCUCAUCUCGCUCACCUUCUACUGGAUUCCGGAUACGUCGCGCCGGCGCACGCUGCAACUGAGCCUGCUAGUCUGCACGCUCAUUCUUGGGAUCGGAUCAGAGAUCCUACAGGGCCUCCUCCCCAAUGACCGCUACUUUGAUCCGUUUGACCUCCUCGCCAACGUCGUGGGCAGUCUGGGCGCCAUCGGCCUGUGCAGCAUGUACCACCGCCGGAUGCUGGAGAGACGCCGCAAGUCCCGCUUCGGCUCCCUGAUGGACCCGAACGGCGACGAUGUCGAGCUGGGCCAUCCUGGCGACCGUGACGCGGGAGAUCUUGGCCCGCAGGAAAACGGCAUCAUGUCGCUGGAGCAAGAGGUUGAUAAUUGGGACGAGAACUCCCCUGACAACUGGGAUGAGCCGGAAGAUGGGCCGAGCGAUCCCCAUUCAAGUUCUCGGACCGAUGAUUUUGGGGAAACAGCGGGAAAGAAACGAAAUGACUGAUCAGCGCUGACUGCCUCGAUCGACCUUGUCUUUUCCAUUGUUUCUAUCCUUUUUGUUUCCUUCUAAUAAUGACGUCUCUUGACAUCUCUCUCUCUCUCUCCUGACUUGCAAUGCACGAUACGACUCACGGAUUUAUUUGUCUUAUGUUAAUUUGACCCUUCCCACCAAGUACAGGAUUAUAUCAGCCCUUGAUAAAAUUUCACAUCAAGCUUCCCUCGCUCUGACACUUUUGUACCCUUUCUCCCCCGUUCCAAUGUUAAUCCUGCCCUGUUCUUUGUCUUUAAUAUAAGGCAACCUCUGCUU